AUGUCCUUGACAGUUAAACACUUGAACAAUGAUGCAUCAUUCCUCCUAACCUUCGAACCCAUCUCCCCAUUCCCCCCUUCUCCAGGACGACCGUCGAACUACUUUACCAUCCUCCUCGAUCCGUGGUUAUCCGGACCAUCCAAGAUUUUCCAUUCCAAAUUCUCGAUAUCUCAUCUCAAAACACCAUCAUGCAUCGCCUCCCUCACCGAACUCCCCGAACCAGAUCUGGUAGUGAUCAGUCAGGACAAGACAGAUCAUUGUCAUGAAGAAACCCUCAAGCAACUCUCUCCCAGUGGAGGAAAGACACUUAUUCUCGCGGAACCCGGGGCCGCAAAGACAAUCAAACGAUGGAAAUACUUUGAUACCUCCAAAGUAAUCCCCCUUAAACGCUGGGAAGAUUCUCGUCUCCGCCGUACCGACAAUAUCCUUCGAAUCCCCGUCUCACCCAUAACUCACAACGGCACACCAGGCGAAGUAACCAUUGCCUUUCUCCCCCAAAAGAACGAUCUCACAGGCCUACACAACGCAAUCGGUAUAACCUACCGACCACCCACCCUCUCAACCUUCUUCUUCGACCCCCCUUCCUACGCCACUCCUCCCGCCUCCCCCCGCUCCUUCGCAUCCACCCUCUCCACCCCCAGCGACCGCGCCCUCUCCGUCAUCUUCUCUCCCCACGGCUGCACCUACCGCACCCUCGCCCCCUACGCGACAUCGCAUCUCAUCUCCUCCGCCGCGCUCCCGCUAACCACGCUCCUCCACCCCUUCGACCGCAUCUCCAACCCAUGGUAUCUGGGCGGAAACAUCAUCAGUGGAUUCCCGGGCGGAGUAGAAAUCGCACAGCAUCUCUGUGCCCAAACGUGGAUCUCGGCACACGAUGGAGAUAAAGAGAGUAGCGGGUUUGCAACGUGGAGUAUUAGGAGUAGGAAGUGGGACAGGGAGGAAGUGGAGAGUAUAGUGAGUCCGAGGAGUGAGGGGUUUGGGGAGAGGGAAGGGGAGAGAGAGAGGAGCAUGGGGACUGAGGUGUUGGUGUUGGGGAGUGGAGAGGCGGUGAGGUUGGUGAAGGGGGGUGAUGUUUUGGGGGUGGGGAUGGGGGUUAGGGUUGAGAGGGAGGGUGCGGAUAAGGAUAUUGAUGGAGAUGGAGAUGGAGAUGGAGAUGGAGAUGGGUGGAUAGAAGGUAUCAAGGUGAGGAAUAUCGGGGAGAUGUGUUGA